AUGAUCAACAUCUUCAACUCGCCGAUCGAUCCGGUGUCACUUGAUGAGUUCGCAGAGGGCAACGACCGCGACGAGCAGCCGCUUUUCGAUGCGGUCAGUCACUCCAAGUUCAGAAUUCUCAGUUUCGCCUUUCCCUGAUUGACAAUUCUCAUUUUUUGGCAUUUCAUACGUUCCCAUCAAUUCCUUGAUAAGCCUUUUUGUUUCCAGCAUUUUCAUUUUAAGAUAAAACUCCGAAGGUUUUCUUUAAGUUUAGAAAAGGUCUGAUCUUUGCCGCAGUUCAAUUUAAAUUCUACGCCAAAUACGCUUUUUUCGAUAGUCAUCCUUUUCUAAUACCACGGCUUUUUUUGACGACAUUUCCGUCAAGUGUAGUGUAUGAUGUGCAUGCUCUGCGGCGCUCUCGCACAUGCCGCUUUCAAAAAAAAAGCUGUUUUUGGAUAAUCCUUUUCUGAUUUUUGAAAAGAGACCGCCUCACGCGGAGCUCUACAAAACUGCAAAAAAAAAAAGAAAGAUCUUGAAGCAAAGUUGGUAAAUUUGAUAUAACGUCUUUUUGGCGAAAAAAAACGUGACAAACUGGCCCAGAAUAGGCUAUAACUUCCCUUUUAUUUCUGAAACGAGGAUUUUUUUUAUAUUGCAAAAGACAGUUUUCAGAAGCGACGGAAACCGCUGAUCACAUAUCACACCGAUGGGAGAAAGGUACGCUGUUUUGAAAAUUUUCAACUUUUCUCAUUAUUUUCUGAUUUUCAUAAAAAUUAGAAUGGCUGGUUGAUGCAUUUCAAGCAUUUCCUGUCGUUAUUCAUCAUUUCGCACUGUGUUUUUUACAAACAAAAACAAAAAAAAGGAAAAAGUUUGGAGUAUGUGAUAGUGCGUUUCGGUGUGUUUACACCCUAAGCACCGUAACUUACGCAAAUCUAGAAGUUUCGUAAAUUAUGGUGCUUAGGGUGUAAACACACCGAGACGCACUAUCGCAUACUCAUUCUUUUCAAUUUUUUUUCCACUUUUUACUGCAUUUUCUUUCACUACCAAGAACGCCGCUUGACAUUCAAAAUCUGAACAGACUAUACAUGACCGAUUUUUUCCCUUUUUUCUUGAGUUUGAAGUUUUUUUUCCAAUUUUAUUGGAGAUAAUCAGGGUCUCCAGAGUGGUCUCUAUAGGGGGUAACCAUAAGAGAACUUGGAGGGUGUCCUCUAAAGACCACUUUAAUAACUUCUAUAGACUAAGGCUUGCAAAACUGGUCCUUAUAAGGAAUUCAGUUAGUGAUCCCUAUAGGGGACAUUCUAGUCGAUAAUUUUUAUGAACUCCAUGCGAAAAACUAAAAAAUAAGCGUUUUUUGAAUAAAAUUGAAAGAGCCCUAUAGGGACCACUCAAGUGUUAGGGGCUAAGGGAUCCGACCCUAAACCUCUAUAAGGAAAACCUUGUUUUUACCCCUAUAGGGACCACUUUUUCGGCCCCUAACCCCCAUAUUGAUUACUCUAAAAUUCAUAAAUAUUUUUACACAAAUAAAAAUUGAUUUAAAUAUCGAGUUAUAAACUGAUCUAUCUUGACAAGCAGAAUCUGAAUAAGUCUAAGAAUUACAGGUGGUGGACGGAGUGGUGGAGAACGAGAACGGCUCCAACGCGCUGUGGACGACGACCAUUACGAGAGGCGUCGCCAACGAGUGGAAGGAGAACGCGACGGGCGGUCGACUGCACCGCGCCAAGAGAUACAGUGAGCGAGGUGAAGCUCGUCGAACUCGACGUUGCUUUCAGUCUGGCAAGUGAGUUACGACGCCCGGGUGCUCGCGACGAGGACGACCCGUCAGCACGCGACGGCCAUCCUCGGCGGCAUCAACCUCGUCUUGUUCCUCGUCUUCCUUUACGUCUUCCGGCUGUUCCCAUUCUCCAGGACAUCGUCGACCAGUCCCGCAGCGCAAUAUUGA